AUGUUUGGAUAUGCAGCCGGCGCAGAAUUAGAUGCAGAUCUGACUGCUACAACAAGCAAACAUGCACACAAUAAGAAAAAGGAAAUAUCAAAUAAGGAUACGAAACGCGUUUUGAUGACAAGAAAUAAGUUUACUAACAAGGAUCCGCUGAGUGUUUUUCUCAAACCUUCGACGAAUUUUGCCGAGUUUAAGAAUACUAUACUCCAGAGACUAGGACUGCAAGGCGUGAAACGGGUGGAGAAGUUGUUCUAUAGAAUCCCGAUUUCUGUGUUACGCGAUGAUGCCAAGUAUGAUUCAUUCGUUAUUAGCAGUGACGAAGAUUUUCAGGUGCUGUUCCAUUGUCGCCGUCAGUUUCCCGAGGUGAGGACUCCAGAGCUGUUGGCGAAACUUGUGGAUGUGGUAUCUAGUUCUGGAAGCUCGAAUAAGAAUCCCCACUCCACAGGACAUCCAGCUUGCUCUAGUUCCAUGCCUGUUGGUUCUUCGUCAGUUGUGCUGCCCGCCACGAUAGCUGAUGAUAGUGACGAUGAGACACCACGGACGACUCCAGCUGUGGGUAGAGGAGCAUCUAGUUCAGGUACUAAUCAGUACCCCCCGCACUUCUCUGCUCUAGACUUGGAUGCCAUGGUUGGUCAGCAGUUUCAGGAUAAAGAGGAAGUCGUGUUUAGCGUGGAGACCUAUAGCAUUUGCCGUGGGGUUGAGUACAAGGUAUUGGAAUCUGAUCAUCGCAAGUACGAUGGCAAGUGCAAGGAGUUCGGCAGCGGGUGCACAUGGCUCAUCCAGGUUAGCCUCCGCCAACGCAAAGACAUUUGGGAGGUAAAACGGUACAAUGGUCCUUAUACUUAUCUAGCCACAUCGAUAUCUAGUGAUCACAAAAAGCUUGAUUAUCAUGUCAUAUCAGCCUUCAUACUGCCCAUGAUUAGAGUUGAUAACCACAAUAUUUAA